AUGGCUGCACUGGAGGUGGCCUUGGAAGGACCGGGGUCCUUCCCAGGGCAGGUGGCCUCCUCCCUGACCCUUCCCAGCCCCUCCCUGGCCCCUCCCCGCCUCUCCCCAGCUCUCAGAGGUUGCUUCCCCCUGCACUGCCCUGGUGCCCCCAGGUCGGACGGAGACAGCCAGCCAGGAGGCCAUGGGGCUCUUCACCAAGUGGAGCAGGAGCCUGGGCUUCCUGUCACAGCAGCAGGCCCAGCUGCAGAAGGACCUCACCUGUGCUCACAAGAUCCUUCCGUGAGUGCUGCAUCCCCAGUAGGGAUGGCGCCCGCAGGGUCCUGUGACCUCGGCCAGUGUCUACCCACCUUGCUCAGCGGCUCCCGGGGCCCAGCACCAGCUCAGAAUAAAGCGAUUCCACAGCAAACCAAGGAUGCUCUUGACUGGGGGACAGCCGGGGAAUUGCGGGGAGGAUGGCGGGGGUCAUCACCAAGGGCCAAGCCACAGAACCAUAGAGCCAGCUGCAAAGAAGACGCAUGCCCAACCCAGUCCCUUGCCAGAGCCCCUCUGGGUCUUCGGACACCCAAACUCGGGCCCCGGCUCGGAGGUGGGGGCUGGUCAGGGGACACAGCCUGGGAGGGAGCCAGCAGUGAUGUCCACCAGGACCAUGGCUGGGGUGCCACAGGCUCCAAGGAUUGCCCAGGACAAGAGAGACGUGGUUGGUGGGGCUCAGAGAGGCCCCCGAUCCCCCAGGCUCAGGCUUCUCUGGGCUGGGGUUGUGGCUCUUGCCUGGGCAGGCACGGGGACCCCAGACGCCCGAGCCUGCAGGUCCUCCUGUGUUCUGAUGGGCGUGGGGGGCUGCCUGCCAUCCUGGGAGAAACACAGGCCAUGGGGGCCUCGGGGCUGGAUGCAGGGCUGGGGACUGUGAGAGGCUCAUGGCUGGAGUGA